AAAUCGGCCUAAGUGACUUGUGUGUAGUGUCUAUAUAAAUUAAAUGCAAUAAAUAAUGAAUUGCUGCAAUUCAAAACAGCACCAAAGGCAGAAUUACAAUUAUCGUCAUCGCCAAUAGCCGUUCAUUCUACGCGUCGGUGAAUAAGUGACGGCGAUUGCCUCUGUGUGUGUGUUUUGCUAGAAAAAAAAAGAAAUAAUAAAAUAAAAAUACUAUACCCGCCCACACCCACCGUCCUAAAAUAGUAAAAAACAAACAAGAUUUAUAGCUCAGGAAAGCAAAUAAGAAAUGCUUUCUAAGAAAGAAAACUAUCCAUGAAUGUUUCCUUGUGUUGAUUUCGGUAUUAGCAUUAAGCAGACAAAAAUAAAAACUAAAAAACUAAGACCUGAAACUGGUGUCGUCACUCGGCGCUUGUGUUAACUAAAAAUAGACACUCCAAAAGAAACCCACAAGUUUGUCAGUAUAACUAACCCCUUAACAUCGUGACUAGGGUCCAUUCUGCAUUCAACAUUCCCGUGCUGUAGCCGUUUGGUACGUAAUAAUAACAAAAACAAAUACUAGAUACCAAAUAAAAAGAAGCUGAAAAGCCGCUAAAAAAAAAGGCCAACCGAAUAUAUAAAAGCCGCCUAGCGAUGGAACGCGGGAGCAACUACCCCAAUGGCGGUGAUGCAAGCGCAGCUGCAGUGCCAGUGAAAACAACGCUAUCAAUUGUGCAGGAGCGAUUUAAAGCGGACGAAACAGUUCACCUGAUUUUCGAAGCAUAUCAAAUCAAGGGCCAGGAACAUAUUGAGGGCCUGCUAGCGCUUGUCUCCUCCGCAUCAGGCGGAACAUACGCGAUCAUCUCGUUCUCUCUGCUCCGCAAUCCACUGACGGCGAGCAAUGACCUGAAAAUAAACAAAGUGUUUCCGAUAAAUGCAUCCUUUAAAUUGACAACGGAUAGCAAGGCGCCCAAAACGGAGCAAUUCGAUCUGUGCACGGACGAUGAUCGACCAACCAAGUAUUACUAUUAUUCAAUGCGAACCGAUCCCGCCGCGGUCGAUUUCAAUGAAUUCUGUGCCAAAGUCAACUCCUGCAAGAAGACCAUGUGGGAUGCCGAAUUGCCGUCGGAGGCGGCGCUAAAUUUUCGAUGGCUUGACGAUUACCGUGAGAUAGGCGAGGUGAAGCAUGAGCUAAAGAAGCGCGAAAGCGAAUAUAUUAUCUACAAGGAUAUUAUCGUCUACUGUGCCACAUGGAACGUAAAUAACAAACCCUGCUGGGAUAACAAAAAUACGCUUCGUCCUUGGCUUGCAUCUGGCAAAAAGGCGCCGGACAUCUAUGCCAUUGGACUGCAGGAGCUGGAGAACACGGCCAGGGCCAUGCUCAACGGCAAUCAAAUGCAAAUGUUUGCCACGCAAUGGGUGCGAAAAAUGUUGGAGAACCUGCAUGAUGAUAUGGAGUAUGAGGAGUUGCAAUCGGUGCGAUUAUCUGGCAUUAUGUUAACAAUAUUUGUUCGUAAAAAUUUACGUCAACAUAUCGUGCGGUGCCGCGUGAACUCGGUGGCCCGUGGCGUGUUCAACACGUUGGGUAAUAAGGGGGGCGUGGCUGUUAGCUUUCAGCUCAACGAGGCGAGCAUCUGUUUUGUGAACUCCCAUCUGGCCGCGCACAUGGGCAACGUGGCGGAGCGGAAUGACGACUACAAAGCCAUUGACGAUUACAUGCGAUUCGAGGAGAACGGACUGCAGGUCCGCACUAUCAACGAUCACGAUCACAUUUUCUGGUUGGGUGAUCUCAACUAUCGGAUACAGGAGCCAAAUGGACAGCAGCGGCCGGGCCCCAUGAGCGAUGCGCAAACUUUUGAGCUGAUGCUGCAGUACGAUCAGCUGCGCACAGAGAUGAGCUACGAGCGAUGCUUUAAGGGCUACACGGAGGGAGAGAUUAAGUUUGCGCCCACCUACAAAUACGACGUGGGCACCGACACCUAUGACACGGGCGAGAAACAGCGCGCGCCAGCGUAUUGCGAUCGCGUCUUGUGGAAGGGCAAGCUCAUCGAACAGUUGGAAUACAAUGGCGUCAUGGAGAUACGAGAAAGCGACCAUAAGCCGGUCUAUGCCAUAUUCCGUGUGAAGAUCAAGACACGCGACGAUGACAAGUACAGGAAGGUCUUGGCCGAGGUGCUCAAGGCGGUGGACAAACGCGAGAACGACAGUCAGCCGCAGAUAACCACAGACCGAUUGAACAUUGAGUUUGGUGUGGUGCGGUUCAACGAGCCGGCCAUACGGGACUUCAAUGUGUCCAACGAUUGCCCGCAAAAUGUGGACUUCGAGUUCAAGGUCAAGGACUCGCACAACGAUAUCUGCGAGAAGUGGCUGCAUGUGGACCCGCGUGGAGACAGUCUAAUGAUUGACUCCGCCCGCAGCAUACGCGUGCGCGCUUUAGUCGAUGCGAAUUCCGUGACGGGUCUGCUCAAAAUGAUAUGCACCGCCGUCGAUAAAUGCGUACUAGAUAUACUUAUACUUCAUGUGCGAUCCGGCCGAGAUAUAUUCAUAACCGUAACGGGUGAAUAUCAGCCCAGCUGCUUUGGCCUGUCGAUGGAGACGCUGUGCCGUACCGAGCGACCGAUCGGUGAAUACACGCUGGACGAAGUCAAACAACUGAUGCUGGAUGUGACGCCCGGGUAUCGCGUGCCAAUGCCCCGCGAAUAUUUCCUGCUCAUCGAUUACUUGCACAACCAAAGAGGCCAACUCUUUCAGAGCUACGAUCGCCGCCAGCCGCUCAGCAGUCAAUUUAAUGCAGUGCGCGAUUGGCUGGACUCCUGGUCGAACGAUCCAUUUCCGGGCACCCCACAGACGGCUGCCGAGGCGCUGUUGCUGCUGCUCGAUCUGCCGGAGCAGGCGCUGCUGGAGCCGUUUGUGGACGAUCUGCUGGCCAGCCGCAGCAAAGUGGAUGCUGAGAGGUACAUAGACCUGCUAAGCGAUCCCAAGCGCAACGUCUUCAAGCAUCUGUGUCUGUUUCUCUGCGAUGGUGUUGAGCGCGGCGAUUACGACGCCAACAAUGUCGCCACGAUCUUUGGACGUAUUCUGUUGCGCAGCAGCAAGUGCAACGUGACCAUUGAUUAUCAUAGCCGAUGCAACGAGUUCAUGCAACGCUUCAUACGCAUCGAGAGUCCCGAUACAUUAUCUGGUGGCAAUGGACAUGGCGGUGCCAGCUUGCAGACCUAAUUGACGAAUUCAAUUCAAUGUAUAUACAUCUAUAUACAUAUAUACAUAUAGAUAUAUGCAUAUAUACGUCUAUGUAUUAGCCACAGAUAUGGAAUGUAAAUUAGUUAGCUAUUUAUUUUAACUGUAAUUCGAAAAUGUAUUCGCUUACGAGUAGUUCUCAAUGGCUUAGCAUUUACGCACUAUAUUAUAUAUAUAGUUGAUCUGCUCUUUGUUUUACUUGUUACUUGUUUACUGCACAUACUAUGUGAACUAUUGAGUGAGAACUCAAGUAUCCAUACAUAUACCCCUAAUUAUAUAUUAAUACAUAUUGCGCUUGUAGCCUAUGUUGGCCCAGAAAAAUAUUAGCCUUACGGAAAACUGUAACGAACGUUUAUGCACUGAUUUUUUUAUACACAUUUUCCACUCCAACCACAAACAACACAUGGCUUAAACUUAACAAAUACACAUUUAUACAUAUUUACAUACAUACACACACUAAAAUAUAUGCAUUUUGUUCUUUCCAACGAAUAUUUAGUUAACACAAAUACAUAUAUUCAAAAUAGAAGUAAGCCCAUACUUAUGGCAGUUUAACUA